GUCAAGCACGCAAGCACUCAUCGAGGCAUACUUGACCUCUAUCUCUGCUAAGCAAGAUUCUGUCAUGCCGUCAGCUCUAUCAGGGUACUCAGUAUAUGUACCGCUUUGACCGGGUCUUGGCUUAGCCGGCGACAUGUUCCGUAUCGGCUUCUCGUUUGCAGGGUCCGCUCAGGGCUUGUUCGCCAAGUUGCCAAUGUUCAACUAUAACGCCUGGAUCUUCGGUGCAACAUGGGUACACUGUAUAGCACGGGUCGGACUUCUAUGCCGGCAGCUCAAGCAUGUCAAGCGGAAGUUGCCGGAACUCGAGGCCUCUCUAGAACGGCCUUACACACGAGGCCAAGCCGAAAGCAUGAAGCAGGGCUCGUGGCUGAAGUUCAGCAUCUUUGACAAUCUGUACAUGUCGACUGCUAUCACCGCGAUGGUUCGGUUCGGACUGUACCGCCGGCUGUGGAAGCUGAGCUCAGGAUACUUCGCUAGAAGCGAUUCGCGGUGGAAGGGACCUAUAUUACAGCAAAUGGCUUAUUAUGCCAUGGUGCAAGCUGUUAGCUACCUAGUCGAAUUGCCCAUGAGCUGCUGGAGCGAAUUCAUCAAGAACAACUGGCCAGCUCGUCCCCGCCUUGUUGCCCUAUGGAUCGGUGCUGGCACCGUACUGGAUGGGAUUCCCUCGAUAUUGUUAUCCAGCCUGAAGGCUCUCCCUAUCGUAGUAGCCAGCAAGUGGAUCGACGAUGAUCACUUACUGGCUAUAGGCGCGGCAGGGACUUUACUGGUCCCGCUCAUCGCCUGGACGUUCAGCUCAAAGCUUUUUCUAUCGGCAUUUCCUGAAUUUAAGAGCUUGGAGGAUGGACCGGUCAAAGAGAAAAUAGAGGAUCUGGCCCGGAAGGUGCAGUUCCCGGUAGAGAAGAUCUACAAGAGCGAGCCUAAUCUGAAAGUGCCGGAGGAGAGCAGAGAUGAUGUUCCGCGAUGCGUCGCAUUCGGUUCAAAGGUCUUCGUUACCAUACCACAAGGGCUCUUGGAAAAAUGUUCGGACGAUGAGGUGCUCGCCAUACUUGCACACGAAUUUGGUCACUGGAAACACAAACAUAGUACAAAAUCCUACUUGUUCACCCACGGAACCCUCCAAAUCGUUUUAUCGGUGCUCUUCUUCAAGCAAGAUCCCAAUUUUUUCCGGUCAUUCGGAUUCUCUGCCGACGUCGUGCAGGCGAAGGGCUCGGCGGUGAUAGCGUGGACGUUGUUCGAGAGGUUUGGGCUGUCGCUCAUGCCUUUCUGGACGAUGGCGCGGAAUAAAUGGAAGCAACAACAAGAGUUCCAAGCCGAUGCGUUCGCAACCUCCCUCGGGCUAGGUCACCCGCUGGUAUCCUUCCUGGAGAGGAACGAAUCCAGGCAACUUGAUAUCAACCUCCCCGACCGAUGGUUGAAUAUAAUGUCGUCGACUCAUCCUCCCCUGGCUUCCCGAGUCAAGGCUAUCCAACAGCAACUUGGAAGGCUCGACAAGACGUUAUGACGAGAUGUGAUAGGCCACUCCGCCAUGUCAUCGAGGUUAGGCUGCCCCCCAUGUCGCGAAUUUUCUCCGAGUUGUAAUGCUUUUCUCACGUUAGUCGCAAUUACGCAUUCGACCUUGCCUUGACUGUAAUUCAACUGAAUCAGAAAUGAUACUAUCGAUACCC